UUGUGUUAUGAAGACUACACAGUCGGGAUAAUCUGUGCAUUGGGAUUCGAGAUGAGCGUUAUCCGUUAUGCACUGGACUGCGAGCAUGCAAAACUACCAAUCAAAUCAAAUGACUCGAACAUAUACAUACUCAGAGAAUUGAGCCACCACAAUGUAGCAGUCGCCUGUCUUCCCGGAAGUCAAGGCAAGAGCUCAGCCGCAAUUGCUGCGACCAACAUGGCGCGUAUAUUCCCCUUGGCCAGGUAUCGUUUUCUUGUAGGCAUUGGGGGAUGCGCUCCGAGUGAG